AUGUUCCUGCGCUGCUGCCUGCAAAGCCGAGGCAGCGACCGGGAUGGCCUCACGCCCCGGACGCGCCACUCCCAGUCGCGGUCGUCGCCCACAUACUCGCAGUACCAGCGCUACGUGCUCUCGACGCCGCCCGAACCGAGCGACGACGCCUUCCCCAACAAAUGGCUGCCCCGCUGCUUCCCGUGGCAAAAGCCACCCGACUUGGUCGUGACCGAGUCGCCCGUCGUCGUCCGGCGGCCGUCCAACCCUGGCAUCGAUCGGCGCGUCGGGACCCUCUAUCGGUACCAGUCGACGACCGGGUACUUUGACACGGACGAAGACGACGAGGGCCACGACGACGACCUGUACCAACUCGUGCGGCUGCACGUGCCGCCGGGCCCAAGCGGCCUCAUCCUCGUCGAGCCGGACUCGCCGUCGUCGUUUGUCGUGCCCACCGUAGCGGGCUUUGAGCCCGUUGGCGUCGACAGCCGCGGACGACCACGAUGCGGCGUGAUCGAGCUCAGCGGUGAAGUGCUGCCGGGCAGCAUCCUCGUGAGCGUGGACCGGCACUGCGUGCUCUCGGCGUCGCACGGCGACGUCUGCGACCUCUUGGCCCACUCGGAGGCAACGACGGCCGAGUUUCUCUUCCAGAGCAUUCACGUGCACGACCUUUAG